CUCACCGGCCUCCUCCGACGCGCAGCCAGCAGCCAGCCCGGCCACGCACGUAGCACCGCCUCGGCGAAGCCCAACACAGCCAUGGCGGCGGGAACCCGCGCGCUGCUGCUCCUCGCCGUCGCGGCGGCGUCCUGCUGCUGCUCGCUCCUGGACCUGGUGGCCGCGAACCCGCCGGCGGCCACGGUGGCGGACGUGUGCAAGGGCACGGCGUUCCCCGCGCUGUGCACCACUACGGCGGGGGAGCAGGCGGAGCGCUACCACAACGUGGUGGACCCGCUGACGGUGCUGGAGAUGCAGGUGGACGCGUUCGCCAAGCGCACGGAGGCGGCGCGGGCGCACGUGGCGGAGGCGGCCCAGACGGCGUCCCCGGCGGCGCGGGCGAAGCUGGACCUGUGCAACAACCUGUACCUGGACGUGCUGGACAACCUGGGCGCCUGCCGCCGCGCCAUCGGCUUCAAGGACGCCGUCACCAUCCGCGCCACCAUGGGCAUGGCGGCGCAGGACAUGCAGAACUGCGACGAGCAGUUCAGGCAGAUCGGCGAGAACAACCCCAUGAAGCGCUUCGACGAGUCGCUCGUCGAGAUGUCCGAGAACUGCCGCUCGCUCUCCAACAUGAUCUGAGAGCUUGCCGCUUGCCCUGACACGGCCGCCCGGCGUGGGCCCGAGCUCGCUCCUCGCACGGUUCGUCGCCGCGGCUGCGAGCGACAUCGAUGCGCUGCUGAGUUUUCUUUUGCUUUGAUCAUUGUUGAUCGCCGUCGUAUAACAGCGUCAGUACUAAUCCCUCAGGAGAAAUGUGUUAGUCUGGUCUCCGAAACGGGCCGGGGAGGCGCAUUGAGGUGGGAUCACCAUUGCUGCUGCUUCAAUCUGAAUCACGGUUCAGGUUCUGCUGCACUGAUGAUCGAUCGUGUUGUACUCUCAAUCACUCCCCGGACCGGAUUUUGGCCAUUAAUCAUCUUGCCAUCACACGUACGAUGAUACUCCUGUAUAUAUAACAGACUACAGGACAUAUGAUCUUUCCUGACAUUUUUAUUUACAUGAUGGACAAACUGUUUUACUG